AUGACUGUGACCUACACCGCUCGGGUAGCCAACGCCCGCUUCGGGGGCUUCUCCAAGCUGCUGCUGCUAUGGCGUGGUAGCAUCUACAAGCUGCUGUGGCGAGAGCUGCUCUGCUUCCUGGGGCUGUACAUGGCGCUGAGCGCUGCCUACCGCUUUCUGUUCACCGACCAACAGAAACGCUACUUCGAGAAGUUGGUCAUUUACUGCGACCAAUACGCCAGCCUCAUACCGGUGUCCUUCGUGCUCGGUUUCUAUGUGACGCUGGUGGUGAACCGCUGGUGGAGCCAGUACCUGUGUAUGCCUCUGCCAGAUGCGCUCAUGUGCGUGGUGGCCGGCACGGUGCACGGGCGCGACGAUCGCGGCCGCCUCUACCGCCGCACGCUCAUGCGCUACGCGGGGCUCUCGGCUGUGCUCAUCCUGCGCUCGGUCAGCACCGCUGUCUUCAAGCGCUUCCCCACCAUGGACCACGUGGUGGAAGCAGGCUUCAUGACCCGCAACGAACGUAAGAAAUUCGAGAACCUGAACUCGUCGUACAACAAGUACUGGGUCCCUUGCGUCUGGUUUUCCAACCUGGCGGCGCAGGCGCGGCGGGAGGGCCGUAUCCGGGACAACAGCGCGCUGAAGCUGCUGCUGGAGGAAUUGAACGUGUUCCGGGGCAAGUGUGGGAUGCUCUUCCACUACGACUGGAUCAGCGUGCCUCUGGUCUACACUCAGGUGGUGACCAUCGCGGUGUACAGCUACUUCCUGGCUUGCCUCAUCGGACGGCAGUUCCUAGACCCCACGCAGGGCUACAAGGACCACAACCUGGACCUGUGCGUUCCCAUCUUCACUCUCCUACAGUUCUUCUUUUACGCGGGCUGGCUCAAGGUGGCCGAGCAGCUCAUCAACCCCUUUGGGGAAGACGAUGACGACUUCGAGACCAACUUCCUGAUCGAUCGCAACUUCCAGGUGUCCAUGUUGGCGGUGGACGAGAUGUACGACGACCUAGCCGUGUUGGAGAAGGACUUGUACUGGGACGCGGCCGAGGCGCGCGCCCCCUACACGGCGGCCACUGCCUUCCUCCAGCACCUGCCUUCCUUUCAGGGUUCCACUUUCGACAUCACGCUGGCCAAAGAGGACAUGCAGAUCCAGCGGCUGGACGGCGGCGCGGACGGACCGCUGGGAGAGGCGCACGGUGACUUCCUGCAGCGGCUCCUGCCCGCGGGCGCGGGCUUGGCCGGGGGAGGCCUGCUCGGACGGCGCCUGUCCCUGCUGCGCCGUAAGAACAGCUGCGUCUCCGAGGCGUCCACCACCGCCAGCUGCACGUGCGCCGGCGGCCCCGAAGGCGCGUGCCCCGAGUGCAGCCACGGGGACCCGCUGCUGUUGCUCGAGGCGGGUCCGCGCGAGGCGGAGCCCGAGCCUGUCCCGGCUGCAGAGCCCCUUGCUCCUAUUCCCGGACCGCCUGUGGAACCUUUCACCCCCGUGGCCAUCCCCGGGCCCCGGGGACCUGCACCACCCUGGCUGCCCAGUCCUAUUGGAGAAGAGGAGGAGACUCUACCGUGA